CUGAAAUUUUUGCUUGCUGGAUUGCCUUUUAUCAUUUUAAUUUUAUCAAUUUUUUUUGAAGAAUUUAUUUCUUAAAGAGGAAUCCCCACUGCUGCCCUUGACAGAUCAUCAUCCAUGUGACAAUACACCAAAUCUCUUUCCAUUUUCCCUUUUUUAUGUUUCGGGGUUUUUGGCCCUUUGUUGUCAUCAACAAUACUAUUUUAUUUAUACAAUAGAUUCUUAUUUGAGAGAGGCAAAAAGAGGUGGGGAAAUUAUAUUGUAAUUGUGGGUUGUGAUUUGUGAAUAUGUGAUAAGAGUUUCUAUUACUUUCUUGAGUUUUUUUUUUUUUUUUUGGCUUGCUGCUUUGGAACCCCUUUUAGGUUGUUGCCAACCACAUCAUUCUUUUUCCUUUUCUUGUCCACUUCUUCUUUGCCUCUUCCCAUUAUACAUUUCCAUUUUGCAUAUACCAAAAUAGUACUACUACUAAUCUACUUACUAUUAGCCUACCUGUGUACUCUAAAAGCUGAUCAUUUUCUCAGUUCCAGCAGAUCAUUCAUCAUCAUCAGCUUCAUCCAUGGCUACUGAACCUGUUUUAUCAGAUCCUCCUACUGCUCCUACUCCAACCCUUGAGCAAGUUGAUAAUGAUGUGAAAGAAGAGGUGAAGUUAGUUCAACAGGAAGGUGAAGGAAAACCAGAGGAAAAGGUUGUGGAGGAGAAACCAAGUGAGGAGGUUAAAGUUGAGGAAGAAGAAGAACCAACAAAAACUGAGGAGCCAGUAAGUGUACCAGUCACUUCUGAUGAACCAAAAGAGGAGGUUGAGGAUAAGCACAUUGAGCCGCCUCCGGCAACCAAAGAAAUUAAGAAACCUGAUGAGUCCCCUGUUGUAGAUGUUGUUAGUACUGAUACUCAGGAAUCUGUAGAUGACUCUGUUCCGAAAACAGAGGAGCUGGCAACACCACAAGAAGAACCUGCUAAAGCAGCCGAGGAAGGAGAAAAGGUUGAGGAACAGCCGAAGGAGGUUGAUAUUCCGGCCGAGCCAGCAGCAGUUGAGGAAAAGGUGGAGCAAGUGGCCGAACCGGUGAGUGAUGCAGCGGAAACGAAGACAGAGCAAGUGGAGGAGGCUGCAGAGAAAGUUGAUGCCCCUGAAUCAGUGCCUGAGGUGAUUGAGGCCAAAGAGGAGGAAGUAGCUGAAAAACCUGUUGCGGAUGAAGCACCAAGUGAAACUGUUGAGACAAAAGUGGAGCAAGUAGAAGAACUGGAGAAGGGUCUCGACAUUCCUGAAUCAGCUCCUGAGGUUGUUGAACAGAAAGAGGAACAAGCUGCACCAUUAUCAGAAGAAGUUCAGGUUUCAGCUGCCCCUGAAGCCGAGGAUAUCAAAGAACAGACUGAGACUGAAGCUCCAGUAGUUGAGCCUGAAGAGAAAACUGAAGUUGAAGCGAUUAAAGGUGAAGGAGUUCCAUCUGAUGCAGUUGAAACUCCAACAGUGGUGGAAUCAACUGCUACUGAAAGCGUAGAAGUUCCCCCGGCUGAAAUCCCAGAAAAGAUUGAGGAAAAAGAAAGUGAAUUGACCGCGGCGCCUGAAACUGAGGGGACUGAAGAAAAACCGGAAAAGACUGAGGAAAAGGAAGAGAAAGCCAGCAUUGUUGAGGAAGUUGCACAACCCGAAGCGAAAGAGGCAGAACCCGUUACCGAUUCCAUUCCAACUCCUGCAGUUGCGGAAGAAGUCCUGGAAAAGGAAACCACUUCCAGAGACAUUGAACUUCCUACUACUAAUGUGACUUCAGCCGAAACCGAAAAAGAUGCAGAGGUUGAGAAGAAAGUGGAUGUAGAGGAACAAGCCCAGAAGACUGAAACAGCUGAAGCAAAACCAGAGGAAGCAGCAGAGGCAAUCAAAGACGCCGAAAAGCCGGAUGCUCCUCCAGUUGAAGUUGCCAGGGAAUUAGGAGAUGAGGACUUGAAGACUAAAAAAGAAGAGGCUCCUAAAGAAGAAGUUCCAGUGAAGAGUAAGAAUUCGGGCAACAUUCUAUCAAAGAUGAAGCACACCCUAGUCAAAGCUAAGAAAGCAAUCAUUGGGAAAUCCCCAGCAAAAACACCAGUCCCUGAAAGCAAAGAGGAGGUCAAAAGCAGCUGAGUAAAAAUUGAUUCCAGUGACCGUGAACAUAAAAGAGGAAUGGAAAUGGAUACUGUAGAAAAGAGUAAAGAAGGGAGUAAGUUCCUUUUCGUGUGUGAAUUAUAUUUGUCAUUCUUUUCAGAUUGGUUUUAUUUUGUUUUGGUAUUUUACUAGUGGAGUUCCAAAAAAAUUAUUCAUUGCUAGAGAGGGAAGAUUGUGUACUAGUAUUUUGUUUGUUCUGUGUUUUUAGUGUGUAUUUUGGUUUGAGAAUAUGGAUGAGCUUAAUUAAAAGUCAAUUUGUUGAGGUGUUGUGUAUAUAGAUAUGUAAGUAAAACUGUGAAUACUAUUUUGCCUAUUGAACUUGCCAGUGGUAACAUUCAUUACAAGCACUUUAUUUACCGAAAAUAAGAAUGAAUUCCUAUGAAUAGAC